AUGCAAAUCUUUGCUAAGAUCCAAGAUAAGGAAGGGAUACCACCCGAUCAACAAAGGCUUAUCUUUGCAGGGAAACAAUUGGAAGAUGGUCGCACCCUUGCCGAUUACAACAUACAGAAGGAAUCUACCCUUCAUUUGGUGCUCCGGCUGAGAGGUGGAAUGCAGAUCUUUGUCAAGACAUUGACUUGGAAGACCAUCACCCUUGAGGUUGAAUCCUCAGAUACAAUUGAUAACAUCAAGGCCAAGAUCCAGGAUAAGGAAGGGAAACAACUUGAAGAUGGAAGGACCCUUACCGACUACAACAUCCAAAAGGAGUCUACCCUUCAUUUGGUGCUUCGAUUGAGAGAUAAGGAGGGUAUCCCACCAGAUCAACAAAGGCCUAUCUUUGCAGGGAAACAACUUGAAGAUGGAAAGACUCUUGCUGAUUAUAACAUCCACAAGGAAUCCACUCUUCAUUUGGUUUUGAGACUUCGUGGGGGUAUGCAAAUUCCAGUUAAGACCCUCACUGGAAAGACCAUAACUUUGGAGGUUGAGAGUUCAGAUACUAUUGAUAAUGUGAAAACUAAGAUUCAAGAUAAGGAGGGUAUCCCACCAAAUCAACAAAGGCUUAUCUUUGCAGGGAAACAACUUGAAGCUGGAAGGACUCUUGUUGAUUACAACAUCCAGAAGGAAUCCACUCUUCAUUUGGUUUUGAGACUUCGUGGGGGUAUGCAAAUUUUUGACAAGGAGGGAAUUCGUCUAGACCAGCAGAGGCUAAUUUUUGUUGAUAUUUGUGAAGAUACUUACUGGGAAGACACUUACCUUGGAAGACACUUACUGGAAAGCUGUGACACUAUUGAUAAUGUGAAGACAAAAAUACAAGAUAAGGAGGGUAUUCCACCAGAUCAGCAGAGGCUUAUUUUUGCAGGCAAGCAGUUGGAGGAUGGUCGUACCUUGGCAGAUUACAAUAUUCAGAAAGAAUCUACAUUGCAACUUGUUCUUCGCCUCCGUUGUGGAUUCUAA